AUGGUGAAGAAGCCUUUAGAGAUCAUAAUACCAGCUCAUUUGGAGAUUCUGAGUACUGUGAAGAUCAACAGCCCAUCUGGUACUGCACGUGCGACGAUAAAAGGCAUCCUCAAGAAGAAACGAAAGAAUAAUUUGAGUUUCAAUAAGAAAAACUUAAAGAAAGCUGAAGAACAAUUACAGUCUGCAUUUGUUCAUUUCUAUGGCAAACUUGAACUUCUGAAAAGUUUCAGUUAUCUUAAUCUUUUAGCAUUUUCCAAGACCAUGAAGAAAUAUGACAAGAUAACAUCAAGACACGCAUCCAAAAUAUACUUGCACAUGGUGGAUAACUCUUACAUCGGUAGCUCUGAUGAUGUUAGUAGGCUGAUGGAUAGAGUGGAGGCUUCAUUCAUCAAGCACUUUUCGAAGUCGAACCUUAGUGAAGGCAUGGAUAUUUUGAGUUCGAAAAAAAAGAAAGAAAGACAUGUAACUACAUUUUUCUCAGAAAUGUCAUCAAGAAAGAUGGCUUUACGCAGUACAUGGAAACUGUGUUUCCACUAUAUAGUUUGUUCGGCUAGUCUUCCACAUGCUCUUGUAUUCAGCAGCCAUAUACUUCUGGAAGCGGUAUCAAAUCAAUUACUCAUUCAUAUUUUAUUAAGUACAAUUCUUGCAACAGCUGCACUUGCAUGUGUACUUGCUAACCUAGACAUGGAGUUGGAUAUAUCAACUAAAAAGUACAAAGCGAUCACAGAAUUACUUCCACUAGCAUUAGUUUCCGUAAUACUUCUCAUAAUAGUUUGUCCAUUCAACAUUGUAUAUCGCUCUAGUCGUAUGUUCCUACUGCGAACUACAUUCCGAUCUAUAAGUGCACCUUUGUACAAGGUCACUUUAUCAGAUUUCAUGUUAGCAGAUCAGCUAAGUAGCCAGGGCCAAGCUCUUAGAAGUGUAGCGUUUUACAUUUGUUACUACACUUCGAAUGACUACAAAAGGAGAGAGACGUACUGCAAAGCAGACGUUGUUUAUAAUUCAUUCUACAUCGCCUUGACUGCAUUUCCAUUUUGGUUACGUGCCUUACGGUGUUUUCGACGAUAUUUUGAAGAAAAAAAUGGAAUGCAGGGAAUUAAUGGUUUCAAAUACUUAAGUAUUGUUUUGUCUGUGAGCAUCGUAACUGCUCAUAGUAAAAGACACACUAUGGGAUUGUACGUAAUGGCUUGGAUCAGUGCGAUCAGUGCAGCUGUCGUUUCUAUAUAUUGGGAUAUUGUUUUUGACUGGGGACUCCUACAAAAGAAUUCGAAGAACCCAUGGUUGAGAGACAAGCUUCUUGUUCCACAUAAAAGUGUUUAUUUCGGAAUAAUGAUAAUGGAUGUGUUGCUCAGAUUUGCGUGGCUACAGACUGUGCUGAACAUUCAAGUUUCUUUCUUACAUAAAGAAGCUAUGGUUGUUGUUGUCGCAUGCCUAGAGAUCUUUCGUCGCGGUGUAUGGAAUUUCUUCAGGAUAGAGAAUGAACACCUAAACAAUGUUGGCAAGUUUCGCGCGUUUACCACCGUACCUCUCCCUUUCAACUAUCAUGAAUUGGAAGAUAAAAUGAGUGAGUAG